AUGAGCCAGAUUUCAACAAUUUUACAGAACAAUGUCCUACUCAAGAAUAUGUCUCCACUAGACCUGAAAUCGCAUUUAGUCCCAGAACUUAUCAGUGGGAAGAGAAUUAAACAUUUGAGUUCGGGCGGAAACAUAUACAAUGGGAAACGAUAUGAUUAUAUUUUGAGAAUUAUACUUCUUGGAGACCAGGGAGCUGGGAAGAGUUCGUAUGUGACUGCCUUGAAAGUUCACCCGGAUGUGAAAAAGGUUAAUUGUGUUUGUCGGGUUGGCAUGGCAACUGAUUAUCUGGAAAUCGAGGUUGUAACUAGCACAGAAAAAACAGCGCUUGUACGGCUAUGUGAUACUGGAGGGCAAGAGAGGUACAGAAGCCUGACAUCUUCCUACUACAGGGGAGCACAUGGAGCUCUGUUGAUGUUUGACUUGAAGCACCCAAAGUCGCUGGACAAUGUACAUUCGUG